GGCGGGGUGGGGGGGGGGGCCUCCCCGGCAGGCAGCAGGCGGCGCGCGCCGGCUGGGGCGCAAUGGGCGCGGGCUGCGAGGCUUGCAGACCCCCUGCGCGCGCGCGAGUCUGUUUGGGGCGGGACUGGGCUGGCUGAGAGCGGCCAAUCGCGGGGCCCUGGACACAGGGCCUCCCUCCCAGGGCCAGCGGAGCCAGAGGCAGCCUGAACGCAGGCGAGACUCUGGGGGAGGGACACACGGAUCCGGGAGACCCGGGCUACCCGAGAGUGCGCGCGCGCGCGCACGGGAGGCCUGGAGCUCGGCGCGGGUCGCUUGGAGAGGACGCGCGCGCUGGGCCCGGCUGCAGGCCCCACGCUCCACGCAACGCGCCCGGGCGCACGUCUCCACGUGGGUGCCAAGGGCGCACGGGCGCACGGACGGGCGCACGGAGCCUCGCACCAUGCCGGUGUCUGACCAGGCCUUCGUGACACUGGCCACCAAUGACACCUACUGCCAAGGAGCCCUGGUCCUGGGCCAGUCGCUGAGGAACCAGAGGGCCACCAGGCAGCUGGUGGUGUUGAUCACUCCCCAGGUGUCCAGGCUGCUCAGGGCUAUUCUCUCGAGGGUAUUUGACGAGGUCGUCGAGGUCAAUCUGAUGGACAGCGCCGACCACGUCCACCUGGCCUUCCUGAAGAGGCCCGAGCUCGGCGUCACCCUCACCAAACUUCACUGCUGGACGCUCACCCGUUACAGCAAGUGUGUGUUUCUGGACGCCGACACCCUGGUGCUGUGCAACAUCGAUGAGCUGUUUGACAGGAGUGAGUUCUCGGCCGCCCCCGACCCGGGCUGGCCCGACUGCUUCAACAGCGGGGUGUUCGUCUUCCGGCCGUCCCUGCGGACACACCGCCUCUUGCUGCAGCAUGCCGCGGACCACGGCAGCUACGACGGGGCCGAUCAGGGCUUGCUGAACAGUUUCUUCAGCAGCUGGCCGACGGCCGACAUUCAGAAGCACUUGCCCUUCGUCUACAACCUGAGCAGCAGCCCCGCGUACACCUACAGCCCGGCCUUCAGACAGUUCGGUUCGAGGGCGAAGGUGGUCCACUUUCUGGGCCCCCAGAAGCCGUGGAGCUACAAGUACAACCCGCAGACGGGCUCGGUGUGGGAGGAGGACCCUGGGACGGCCCCCCAGCACCAGCUGAGCUUCCUGAACCUGUGGUGGAACAUCUACCACCACAGCGUCCUGCCUCUGUACGAACGCAUCCCGGACGAGCCACGGCAGGCGUCGCCCGGACACACAAAUUCUCUCUCGCGCGUUGAGGUGCCGUGUGCGAAUUCAGCACCUUGUGCAGAGGGGCCGUGUGCGAAUUCAGCACCUUGUUCAGAGGGGCCGUGUGCGAAUUCAGCGGCCACGGCUCCUGGGGAACCUUCGGAGACGCCCACGGUAGUGAAUGAGACCCCACUUUCGUCUGAGGCAGCCCCUUCAGGAGACACGACAGGUUGCCCUGAAAUCGAGACUCCGGCUGGACUGACGCCUGAGCCAAAUCCACCACCUCUUCCCCCGUUGGCCGGAGUCGCAGAGCCCGGAAUCGCCUCCCUGCAGAUCAUUGAAACACAGCCAGCGGACGAGACAGGAGCUGGCCGGUCGGAGGAAUCCAGGCAACGAAACCAGGAGCCCCCUGUGAAUGUCACCAGGGACCCCAGGCCUGAGGAUGUGCUGGAGGUGGACCUGGCCAUGUCCGUUUCCGAGAUCUCCAUCAGCGAGAAGGUCAGGGCGCUGAGCCCCGAGGAACAGAGGAGGAAGUGGGAAGAGGGCCACAUCGACUACAUGGGGAAGGACGCCUUUGCCCGCAUCCAGGAGAAGCUGGACCGGUUCCUGCAGUGAUGCGGGGAGUGCGUGCAGCGGGCGCCGCGGUUCCGUCCGCCUUGUUCUGUUGGGUGGACGUCUCCUCUCGUGUCUUCCCAAAGGGCGACGCUGUUCAACUCCGUGCCUGACUUCAUCGUUCAACCACGUGCCCGUAUGCGUCGUUAUUGAUGGUUGACCAACCUGAGUGCCUUCCAAUAAAAAGCAACGUAGACCGUGAACAACCCAGCUGGAAGCCGCCUGCUGGUCCCAGCUCUCCCACACCUUCAUGGCAUCUUCUCACCUCGUCUGCAAGAAGGAGCGGAAAGAAACUUCUGGUCGACCCUCAGCCAUGGUCUUGGCCAGACGAGCUUUGCAAUGCCGGCUGGGACAGAUGCUACGGCGUCUAGGUUGGACGUUACCAUGGAUUGUCUUCUGUCCCCAGGCGAAUAACAGUAGGAUCGUGUGUUCAGUACCUCCGGAAUCCUUAAAUAUGA